AACAUAAAUUUUCUUUUGAAAUAUAACACAGUUUGUUGUUAAGUAUUAUGUUAACAUUAACAUAUAAUUAAAAUUUAUAGUCACACAAUUACAAACAAAUAAAUAUAACUGACAAAUUGUCGGUGUCAUUGGGUGGUGGAUAAUAUCAUAUCAUAUCAUAUAUAAAAGUGAUUGUCUGUUAUGAUACACAUCACUUAAAUUGGUCUAUUAUCACUACCAAUUCAAUUGUAUUAAUAUGUACUACUCUCAUUUUUAUUCCCAUCUCUUACUAACAUUCGUUGUAUAUAGGAUUCAUUGAGUGUGACAAUUGUUGGUUAAUUCACAGUCGAGUGAGUUCUUAAAUAUGCUUAAGUGUUUUCAAGUGAACAGAGUCAUAGAUAUGCCGAUUUAUCAAUUGAUCAGAAUUAAAUUUAUCUUACUUUAGCAUAAAAUUUUUACAUAAUAAUAAUUUCAUAAAUAACUGAUAGAAUUGAGUAUUAAGAAAUGACAGUAGGAGUAGAUUCACCACCGGUAGCAGCAACCAAGGCCGAAGAAGGUGAAACUCGUCCAAAAAUUGAAACAUUCGAUGACAUUUUGCCGUAUGUUGGAGAAGCUGGCCGUUACCAACUUAUUCUGUUCAUCAUACUUUUACCCUUCACCUUCGUGUACGCUUUUUUGUACUUUACACAAUUUUUUUUGACCUUGGUGCCUAAUGAGCAUUGGUGUAAAGUACCGGAUUUAGACAAAUUAAAUAUCACUGAUGAUGAAAAAUUGCGGCUAUCUAUUCCACGUGCAAACGAGAAAGAGGCUCAAGAAGGUUUAUUUGAUUAUUUAAAAUGUGAAAUGUAUGAUCAAAACUUUACGGCCUUAUGGGAAUCCGGAAUAAGAGAGGCUAAUUCGUCAUGGAGUAGAAUACCUUGCCAAUAUGGUUGGAAUUUUAAUUAUAGUUCCAUACCAUAUGCAUCUAUUGCAUCUGAGCUCGAAUGGGUAUGUGAUAAAAGCUAUCUUUCAUCAGCAGCUCAAUCAGCCUUUUUUAUCGGCAGUAUAAUUGGAGGUCUAAUAUUUGGAUAUAUUGCUGAUCAUUAUGGAAGAAUACCAGCUUUGGUAUCUUGCAAUGCAGUUGGAUUCUUUGCCUCAAUUGCAACAUCAUUUUGUAAUGACUUUUGGACAUUUGCUCUUGCCAGAUUAGUUGUAGGAACAUCAUUUGACAAUUGUUUCAACAUACUUUUCAUCAUCGUUAUUGAAUACGUUGGACCAAAAUAUAGAACACUUGUAGCCAAUAUGUCUUUUGGAUUGUACUUUGCUGCUGCUGCCGGUCUAUUGCCAUGGAUAGCCUACUGGAUAGCUGAUUGGAGAAUGUUAAGUUGGGUAACAGCACUACCCUUGAUUACUGCAUUUCUAGGGCCUUGGAUUGCACCUGAAAGUGCUCGAUGGUACCUGAUGGCUGGAAAGGUUGACAAAGCUAUUGAAAUGUUGAAAAAAUUUGAAAAAGUUAAUGGUAAAAAAGUUAAGCCUGAGAUUUAUGAUGAAUUCGAGAAGAGUUGUAAUGUAAUGAUGGAAAGAGAUAAGAAAUUAAAUAAUUACACAGUAUUUGAUCUCUUCACAAAGCCUAGAUUAGCUCGAAUUACUAUAGUCCUUGUUAUUUAUUGGUUGUUAAUGGUUUUAACCUUCGAUGGACAUGUCUGGAACAUGAAACUACUACAUCGUGAUGUAUUUACAUCAUUCUCACUAGCAUCUCUUACAGAACUACCAGCAGCUGUGCUAUUGGCCUUGUUCCUUGAUAAAUGGGGUCGUAGAUGGAUGGGUUUUGCAUCCAUGUUAAUUUGUGGAAUUUUUUCAUUUGUUGCACUAGCCACUCCUGAAGGUACUAUUAAAGUAGCUAUGGCAAUCAUGGCUCGAUUAGGUGUCAAUGUGGCCGCCAAUAUUGGUUUCCAGUAUGCUGCAGAAAUGUUACCAACAGUUGUUCGUGCCCAGGGAGUUUCACUCAUUCAUAUUAUAGGAUACUUUGCGCAUAUUAUAGGACCUUACGUCGUAUACUUGGCUGAAAUACAAAGGGAUCUGCCAUUACUUGUUUUGGGAUUAAUAUCAUUAGCUGAUGCCCUAUUAACUUUGACUCUACCUGAAACUUUAGACCAAGAUUUGCCGGAAACUCUUCAAGAAGGUAAUGAUUUUGGAAAAGAGCAAAGCUUCUGGUGGAUACCUUGCAUAUCAUCAUCACAUGAAAAGAAGCCAAAAUACAGGAGAAAAAUUGGCAAAGAAAAUGCUGGAUAUGAUCCAGGAAGUGUUGUAAAAAUAGAAUCUACCAAGUUAUAGUGAUAAUAAAAGUUUUUUAGCCAAAAUAUAAUACUUGGUUGAUCUAAGUAAAUAAAUACUGUAUAUAUUUUGAUAAGACAUAAAACAAUAAUUAAAUAGAAAUAAUUUGAGAUUUAAAAAA